AUGGAUUUGGAGAUAUGGGAACGAAAAAGGGCUCUUUGGAGGCAAAUAAUUCAUGAGAAAUUUGGAGGUAACCCUGAAUCUUUCCUUCCUAACUCUUUCUCUAAAAUAAUAGGUUCUAGUUUAUGGGCUGGAAUGUUAAAAGCUAGAGAUCAUGUUAAGCUACACACUAAUUUCAUUAUCAAGAAUGGACAUAAUAUUCUUUUCUGGAAAGAUCCAUGGAAUGGUAACCAAACCUUUCAGAUGAGAUUUCCAUCUCUUUUUAAAUUAUCUAGGAAAAGAGAUGUUAUUGUUGCUCAAAUGAUUAAUGAAUAUGGAGCUUGGGAUUUGGAUUUUAGAAGAAAUGUGAAAGAGGAAGAAGUGGGAGAGGUGACACUCUUACUUCAAGUCACUGGUGAGCCACUUUUGUCUAGUGAUAAUGAUCAGUGGCAAUGGAAGCACAAAAUUUUUUAUGUUGCCAAUUGUUAUUCUACUCUUGAUUUAGAUGGUUAUCUCUCUUUUCCACAUAAACAAAUUUGGAAUGCCAGAGUUCCUUUAAAGGUUUCUUUCUUGGUGUGGACACUUUGUCAUAAAGGUGCACCAACUUUGGAUUAUUUAUAUAGAGCUGGUAAGGUUCAAAAUCCAGAAUGUUUGUUUUGUGCGGCAGCUGUAGAGACUGGUGAUCACUUAUUUUUACAUUUUAAAGAGACUGCCAAGUUAUGGAGUUAUUUCCUUGAUAGUUUUGGAUUGAGUUGGACCUUCUCACAAGAUGUGAAGUCGACAAUUUGGGAGUGGAAAAACAAGAAAGGAAGAAAGAUGAUUAAGAAAAUUUGGGGCUUACUUCCUUUCGCUAUCUGGUGGACCAUUUGGAACGAGAGGAAUAAUAAGUUGUAUUCAGUUAAAAAAAGACACCUAAACCAGUUGAUUGUAGUUGUUAAAUGCACCCUUUAUAAUUGGGCUUUACAAACUAAGUUGUUUGUGGGUUUUUCUCUUUCUACUUUCAUAUGUAAUUGGGAAACUGUAAUGGGUACAAGCUAG